AAAAAUUUAGGUUAGGUAAAAUGUUCACUUAUUACUUAAUUUAAUUAGAUAGCUUGAAUUUCUCUUGUAGCGAAAAAGAAUAAUUUUUAUUUUUAGAUUUAAUGAUUAGAAAAAUAUUUUAGGCUCAUUUUAAUGAUACAGCCCUAUCGUAUACGAUACCUUUGAGCAUGCGCAACACGUUAAAGUGACGUAAUCGUUGUCACCUAUUUUUAACGUUUACAGUUUUCAUUCUUCAGUGCGGUUCUUUAUGAGAUAAAUUUAAUUAAAUCUUUGUAUUUUUUUUCCUCAAUAAUAGAAUAUAUUAACAAAUAGUAUAGAUUACAAAAUUGUAUACAUGUUUGAGAAUACUAGUUUCAGAAAAAAUGGUGUUAAUCAAUUCGAAAAACCUAUCAACAAUAAGGAGUCAAAAAGAAUGGGGUUAAAAGGAACAUUGACAAAAGAAUGGAUUAUUAUUUUUUUAGUAUUUUUAUUCUUAUUGUUGAUAGUCCUUGAGAAAAUAUAUUUUAAUUACGGAAUGUCUGUAGCAAACAUUCAAAGUAUAUUUAACAAACAAAGUGAUUUGCUACAUAUAGAUAUAUUGUCACAUCUAUAUGAUUUACCUAAUUUAUCAAGUAUUUCCGAUAUGUCUGAAUCUGUCGCCAAACAAUUAACAAUGACUGGUACACAAUUUAUAAAUACUACUAAUCAUUAUGAAAAAGCUAUUGCUGACGUAGUGAUAACAGUGUCUACAAAAUAUUGGUGGUUAAUAAGAGCAAUACUAAGUGGAAUGAUAACGACUAGUCUCAGUUGGUUAAUUAUUUAUAUGGAUAGUCGUAUCCCUGGAAUUGAUCCACCAUUUCCUCUUAACCUUUUAAGAAAAGGAGAAUACAGGAUACAAAUGAUAUCGCAGAUAAAUCUUAAUUAUCUUAUUGGUGCAUUAAUUGGAUUAUUAGUUUCUAUUUUCAUGUGUUUUGGGUGAUGCUUAUUUUGCUUCUUAGGAAAGAGCAAAUAAGGUUUGUGUCUAUAUAGACACUCUAUGAAAUACUUAAAUAACAAAGUAAUUAUUUAUAAAAAUUCAGUAUACAUGCAGAGUGUUCCUAAAGUUGCGUAUUGAUACUAAUAGCAGAUUAUUAAAUAUCAUUGUAUCAGAAAUCAUUUUGUACUGAUAUUGAUAUUUAGAUAUAAACUAUUUAUUAUUUAUUGUUAUCAUUAAUAAGAAGAGUUAAAAAUUAGUUCGUAACUGAUUUUGAAGGAUUAUAGUAUUACAAUUCUAAUACAUACAACUUAAAAAAGUUUUUUAUAUUGCAAUACGUAUAUAUAUAUAUA